GAGGUAUUCUUCCACUCAGUGUUAAGAAUCAAAGCAUCCUGACACCAGCAGCCAGUUUUUAUGGAAUCCUGAUCAUUAUUACCACAGUGGAGGGCUGACCUCAUAGAGAGGCUACCCUCCUUCCUUAGUCACCCAAAGUUGUGAACUAUGAUUGUCAGUUGUGUGUGGGCCAUCUGCCCACUUAGGAUGCAAUUUUUGAUGUGACAGACAUUCCGGAUGUCCAAUUCCCCUGUGAUGAGAGCUGAGGCUUCGAAGACCUCAGAGGACUUCUCUCAGCACUCACAGAAACCUCCUACACCCUCGGAUGGCACAAAGGGACUGUUUUCUUACUCUUAGUCUGAGUGACUGCCAAGAAGGAAGGCAAAGGUAGAGCAACUGGAUCUCUGGCUCUCCACAUAGCUUCUGAUCUCAGACCUUACUAAAACGCUUUCUGGGCCCAAGGACAAAGCUCACAUGAACAAAUGAUUUUGAGUCAUGAAUGAAAAAUCUUGCUCUUUCCAUAGUAAAGAAGAAUUAAGAGAUGGACAGGGCGAAAGAUUGUCUGCUGGAUAUUCUCCAUCAUAUGACAAGGACAAGAGUGUUCUGGCUUUCAGAGGAAUCCCUAUCUCAGAGUUGAAGAACCAUGGCAUUCUCCAGGCUCUGACCACAGAAGCUAAUGAAUGGGAGCCACGUGUUGUGAGUACAGAGGUGGUCAGAGCCCAAGAAGAAUGGGAAGCUGUGGACACCAUCCAGCCAGAGACAGGGAGCCAAGCUAGCUCAGAGCAGCCUGGGCAGCUAAUCUCCUUCAGUGAGGCCCUGCAGCACUUCCAGACUGUGGACCUUUCCUCCUUCAAGAAAAGAAUCCAGCCAACUAUUCGAAGGACUGGGCUCGCUGCCCUCCGACACUACCUCUUCGGGCCUCCAAAGCUCCACCAGCGCCUUCGGGAAGAAAGGGACUUGGUCCUGACCAUUGCUCAGUGUGGCCUGGAUAGCCAAGACCCAGUGCAUGGCCGAGUCCUCCAGACCAUCUAUAAGAAGCUGACCGGCUCCAAGUUUGACUGUGCCCUUCAUGGAAACCACUGGGAGGACCUGGGCUUUCAGGGAGCGAAUCCAGCCACAGACCUGAGAGGCGCAGGCUUCCUUGCCCUCCUGCAUCUGCUCUACCUGGUGAUGGACUCAAAGACCUUGCCGAUGGCGCAGGAGAUUUUCCGCCUGUCUCGUCACCACAUCCAGCAAUUCCCUUUCUGUUUGAUGUCCGUGAACAUCACCCACAUCGCCAUCCAGGCCUUGAGAGAGGAGUGUCUCUCCAGAGAGUGUAAUCGGCAGCAGAAGGUCAUCCCCGUGGUGAACAGCUUCUAUGCCGCCACAUUCCUCCACCUCGCACAUGUCUGGAGGACACAGCGGAAGACCAUCUCAGACUCGGGCUUUGUCCUCAAAGAGUUGGAAGUAUUGGCCAAGAAGAGCCCACGGCGGCUGCUCAAGACCCUGGAGCUGUACUUGGCCAGGGUGUCAAAGGGACAGGCCUCCUUGUUGGGAGCACAGAAGUGCUAUGGGCCAGAAGCCCCUCCCUUCAAGGAUCUCACCUUCACAGGUGAGAGUGACCUGCAGUCUCACUCAUCCGAAGGCGUAUGGCUGAUCUGACCUCCGAGAUGAAUGGAGGCUUAAAGGCUGAGCUGCAGGGGCUUUCAGAGGGUCAGUGGAGCCAUGUCAGGAGCCUGGCCAGGCCGCACCCCUUGCUGUCUCAGCAGAUGGGAUAUAGGAAGCUCCUGGGCUUAGCUGUGGGAAGCCAAGUACCCUCACCGGCAUGGGACAUGAGGGGCAGCUAGACUUCACCCCCUUCCCGCAGACCUGCCUCCAGAGCAAGGAGAAUUCCGCCUUAAUCUGUUGGGCUCCAGUCUCCGGGUUGAAUUCCAGUGUAUCCCACUGGGAGUGAAUGGAUCAUGAGGUGGGAUGGCCCGCCCCAUCUGGAUGUUCUGCAGAUCCCCACAUGGGAGGAGAUUCCCAAGUAGAGGCAGCCAGAAUUCUGACUCCCUGGCAGCAGCAGGGCUUUCAGGCACCAGUGUCUGUGUUGUUAGAACUCAGAGGAAGAGGCAGGGGCAGCAGCCGACAGGGGGCAGCAUGACCCAAGCAAGGGGCCUGAGGCCUCAGUGGGGGUAGGGCAAGGAGGUACCUCACAGGUGGGUGUCAGGCCCCCUCUGGAGUUUCUGGCCAUUCACUUACCCACUCUCUUCUCCCCCGACCCCCGCUCCAUUGUUAUGAUGGAAAAACGGACAUUUGGCUAGGUGUCUCUCAUGGCUGCUCCAUCCUAGCCCCCACAAGCUGGGGCUUCCUCCUGUAGAUGCUGUGCAUGCCCCAUGAUGGGUUUCUGGCCUAAUUGAGGGAAGGAGGAAAUUCAUACCAGCAGUUUUCAAAUAAAAGAAUUGUUCUAA